CGGCGGCUGCGUUUCAGACACAGCGAGAGGAUCAUGGCGGAUGGCCCCAGGUGUAAGCGCAGAAAACAGGCGAACCCGAGGAGGAACAGCGUGACAAACUUCAACAAUGGCUUGGAGGCCAGCUCAGACUCGGACGAUGAGGACAAGCUACACAUCGUGGAGGAGGACAGCCUGCAGGGGCCUGAGGUCGCAGACGGAGGCACGACCACGCCGGAGGACAGCCAUGACGCCGCCGCAGCAGUGUUACCCAACGGCUCCUGGAACGGAGUGAAGGAAGAGUGUGUGUCAGAAGAGGAAGAGGAGGAGCAGGAGAAGGAUGCUCUGGUGGAGAAGAUUCUCCAGCAGGGAGACACGGCCAUCAUUUACCCUGAAGCGCCUGAGGACGAGCACAGCACGCCAGAGAGAGGAGGCGCUGAUGAAAAUGGCACGCCAGAUGCCUUCUCCCAGUUGCACACGUGCCCCUACUGCUCCCGGGGCUACAAGCGCAACGCCUCGCUGAAGGAGCACAUCAAGUAUCGCCACGAGACCAGCGAGGACAACUUCAGCUGCUCGCACUGCAGCUACACCUUCACCUACCGCUCUCAGCUGGAGAGGCACAUGAGCCACCACCGGGGCACCAGGGAGCAGCGUCACGUGACUCCAACAGCAGGAGGAAACCGCAAGUUCAAGUGUACCGAAUGUGCCAAGGCCUUCAAAUACAAACACCACCUGAAGGAGCACCUGCGCAUUCACAGCGGUGAGAAACCGUAUGAAUGCGCCAACUGUAAGAAGAGAUUCUCCCACUCAGGCUCCUACAGCUCCCACAUCAGCAGUAAGAAGUGUGUGGGCGCAGCGCCACCCAACGGCGUCCCUCGGCCGCCAAUCAAGCCCGCCCAGUCCACCCCCGUCGCCAUCGCCCCGGCCCGUGUAGUUCUGAAAGAGAAAACCGAAAGCAAGCCCCUCCAAGAGCAGCUCCCCGUCACCCAGAUCAAAUCUGAACCUGUGGAAGUCGAGUGCAAGCCUGUGACGGCGGCACCAGCAGCAUCAGCUGGGACCAACGGGGUGGUGAACGGAGGCGUGUCGCAGCCGACCGCGGUCCCAACCGCAACCCUGCCGCAGGGCGUGGCCAUGGUCGUGCCCACGGUAGGCCUCAUGUCGCCCAUCAGCAUCAAUCUGAGCGACUUGCAGAACGUGCUCAAGGUGGCUAUGGAUGGAAACGUUCUCAGGCAGGUUCUGGGUACGGCCAACGGGGUGGUGACACAGGGGAAGCAGGGAAUCGUGGUCCAGCAGCCCCAGCAGCAGAUCAUCAGCCUGCCGGCCUUUGUGGACCACGACGGGACGACAAAGAUCAUCAUCAACUACAGCAUCAACCCUGCUGCCACCACCACCGCCGCAGCUACCACUCAGCCUGCUCCUCUUUUUCUCAAAAACAAUGUUCCUCCCCCUCCCACUGUCACCACCGCUGAAGCCCCCAACCCCACCCCCACCAAAACAGCUGAACCCCCAGCUCCAGAGGUGGAGCCGAUACCUACCGACCUCACCAUUGUCAAGACAGAGCCAGAGUCUGAGCCUGUUACAGCAAUGGAGACGGAGCCGCCCACCCAACCAGAAGCAGAAUCAGUUACAACCGCGAACGCCGAAACAGCCGAGAUGCCAAAAGCCAGUAGCACCAGUACUUGUUUACUAUGCGACAGCUGUCCCGAUGGCCUGGAGGCGCUGCACCUUCUCCAACACCACAAAGCAGCCAACGGGGAGGCCAUCGACUCCGCCGCCCUGGACCCCUCAUUUGCUGCUCUGCUGAAGGAGGCUGGAGUAACACUGGAGGAGCCGCCAGUAGACGACCUCCUCUCCCUUCUGAAGACCUACUUCACCUCCAACGCCAACCCGAGCGAGGAGGAGCUGAAAAAGAUCUCAGACUCUGUCAGUAUUCCGGUGGAUGUCGUCAGGAAGUGGUUUGCCAAGAUGAACUCUGGGAACGCCGUGGGCAAACAAAGCAGUGACUCAGCCGAUUCCAAACAGACUCAAACCACAAAUUCCAGCCCUGAGGUCACCUCAGAUCAAAAUGGAGAGUUGGACAAUGACACAAAACCGAUCCUACAAACCCAGGAAACUCCCACUGAACCCCCAGCAGAAUCUGUACGUAGCUCCCUUUCCCCAUCAGAUGUUGCACCACUAAACCUCACCGCCGGGGACCUUAUCAUUGUUAAAAGCGAGCCAGAAGACCCAGAGGUCCAGGACGCCCAGGCAGAACCCCUGGACCUCUCCCUUCCUAAGCAGCACCCCGACAGCCCGAGGACCCCCCCUCCUCCUGCCAAGCAACAGGAGCAGCCCCUCAACCUGAGCUGCCUGAGGAAGGAGCAGCUGCAGGGCGGAACCAUCUACGUCACCACGCCUCAGACCGGCAGCCCCGUCAACAUCGUCACCGCCGCACAGCUGCCCACCUUGGUGGCCAUCGCUGGCCAAGGGACAGUGGGCUGCCUGAACGCCAUCAACACCACAACCAAACGCACCAUCCUCAUCCCACAGCUCACGUACACCUACACCACUACAGCCGGCAGCACCACCGGGGCCAAGACUGUCGUGCUCAACGGACACAAGCAGGAGAAGAAGCAGGACAGCGGCUCUGAGGGCAUUUCCGCGGUGGAGGAGCAGAACGACUCCGAUUCGGCCUCGCAGCCCAAAAAGCGCCGGCUAGAGAACGGCGUUUACCCCUGUGAUCUUUGCUCCAAGGUCUUCCAGAAGGGCAGCUCCCUGCUCAGGCAUAAAUACGAACACACAGGAAAACGGCCCCAUGAAUGCGGCGUCUGCAAGAAGGCCUUCAAACACAAACACCACCUGAUCGAGCACUCGAGGCUGCACUCGGGGGAGAAACCCUACCAGUGCGACAAGUGCGGCAAACGCUUCUCCCACUCCGGCUCGUACUCGCAGCACAUGAACCACCGCUACUCCUACUGCAAGAAGGACGGGCCGGGCUCAGGGUCGCGCAAGGCCCAGUCGAUGAUCAGCAGCCCCGGCGCCGGGCUGCAGUCGGACAGCCGGACCACAACCCCGCCCUCCCAAGUGGACUCAGACGAGAGGGAGAGCGAGGAAGAGGAGGACGAGGACGAUGAGGCCAUGUGCAUGGACGACAUCCGGGUGGUGCAGGUGGACGACGGCGAGUGCGAGAUCUACGAGGGGAAUUUCGACGACGACAGGGAAGGGGAGGAGGCGGAGGAGGAAGAGACGAUGGGAGAGGCGGAGGCGGAGAGGGAGGCGGAGAGGGAGGAGGAGCCGGACGGAGAGAAGGUGGAGGAGGAGAUAGUUUGUGAGGUGGUGGAGAUCGAGUUGGGAGAGGAUCAGGAGGAGCAGGAGGAGCAGGAGCCGGAGAAAGAGGAGGCGGAGGAGGGAGCAGCGGGAGCAGAGGAAAAGGAAUCAGCGGCAGGUGAGGAGACGCAGGAAACGGCAAAUACGGACAAAAUCAUCAGGGAGGGCUCGGACAGUGUCGAACCAACGGCGGAAGUGGAGACAAACGCCAAAUAAAGGAAACAGCAUUUUUUUUUUUUUUUGGACGGUCAGAAAACGUCAGUCAUUGGUGUCAAGUAUUUGAGACAAAACCGCAUCUUGCCAUCAGUAGAAAACCACAGCGGUUGCCAGAUCUUACGGUCCACUACUGUGUACAAACCCAGGUGUGCCUGAACUUGAAAAAAAAAAGAGAGAGAAAAAAAAGCAGUGACUUUUUUGUGGAAAUAUAUCAGUGUUAAAAAAAAAAAAGUUUGUUUAUAGAAGUACAGAUUUUAAAACAAAACACCCAUAAACAUGUCAGAGUAAAAAUUUCAACCAUUUUAGGCUGUAUCUUGUGUUAAUGGGAUGCUAGGAUUUUUUUUUUUUUUUUUAUUAUUAUUAUUAUCAUUAUUAUUAUUGUUUUGUUUUGUUUUGUUUUUGGUCAUUUUGUCAGUGUUACUAAUCUUGUUGCUCAUGUUUGAAAACCUUUUAACCUGUAAAGAUGAGAAAGAUUUCUAUACCUUUUUAUUGCCAAUGAAGUUUGCUAAAUCAGUAUUUUAUUGAGUUCUACGAACAAAAACCUCUGCACUACAGUAUUCCUGGUUUACCUAUGGAUACAACAUGCCUCAUGCAUUGUCUGCCCUUCAGUGUUACACACAUACACUAGCUAGCAAGACCUUGUCUCGUUCGUGUUAGCGUAAGUUAGCCUCUGCUAGCUACCAUACCUUUUGUUUUCAGUUUGACUGUUAGCCUUAAGGAAAAAAAAACAAACAAAAAAACAACGUAUUCUUGGGGAGGGAUGCGGGUGGGAUGGGGGGGCCGGGAUCAUAAUGUGGCUUCCGUACGCCAUAACCAAAUUUGUCCUAUCAGGGAAGGUAGAGUCACAACCUCAAAGCCAGCAAUGGGCGCCUGCUUUUUGCGACCCAGCAUAGCCUGCAUGGGUGGAGUCAGGCUCCACCCGCACAGCUUACCUGAGGUUCCAAAACAAACACGCCCACUCUUACCAAGCUUCUCCUUGUUUGACUUUAGUUCUCAGUCAGUGGUCAGUGUUAUUAGCAUCUAUACAUAUAUAUAUACAUAUAUAUAUGAGGUCAUACGUGAAGGAACGGGGCAGUCGCAGCCCCACCCCAAUGCCUCCAGCCUUAUGCAAGACCUGUGUGCUGUUAAAAGUGCCAUUGAACAGUGUUAUCAUUUCUUCUUCACAGAUGUAGCCAGUAUUAUGUCCCUCUGUUACUCACACGAGACCCGUAUUGACUAAUGUUUGUUGACCUGCUCGGACUUGCAGCUUCACACGGGUGAGCCGGGUCGAUAAUUGUCCUCGCAGUAUUUGAAACAGGGUUCCCGCUCGGGCCAUGGAAUGUUUUUGAUUGUUUUUAGGCCUUUAAAAAUUUUUGCGCAAAUGCACAUGUAAAGAGUAACCAACCCCUGAGGGAAAAAAAAAAAAAAAAAAAAAAAAAAAAAAAAACGAGAAAAGCCUGACAUCAACUGGUAAGUAGGCCAUGUGCUCUUGGCUGCCCCCUGGUGCCGGGUGUUGUACACUGCAGCAGGUGUUGUCACCUUGCCCAGGGGUUGGGGUUUGGUCACUCUAAAGUAUCAUAUGCCAAUCGCAUAUUUUAGGUAAUUUAAGUGCAUAAUCAUGUUCAGUGAUAUAGUGACCUGACCAUAACAGUAAUAUGGUCCAAAUUUAUGAUUCAGCUUGCUGCAUGCACAUGAAGUCUUCAAAUAUUAAUUCAAGGAAAAAUUGUGUGAAUGGAAAACGGAAAAUGUGUGGGAACCCUGUUGGAAACCCUUAAGACAUCCAUUUAGGACUGAGCUUAACCUGUAGCUAUGAAACACCAUCUUGGAAUCGCUAGAUUCUGGACAUAAUGCGUGAAAAUGUUUACCUAAUUGGAUAAAAUCAACUUAAGUGUUCAAUCCCUCAAAGCUACUCUGAAGGCUUAUAAUUCAGAUUUUAGCAUCUGCUCGCCACGUAAGCUCAGGAGCAGGUCCAAAAAUCAAGCAAAACCCAGAACGACUUGGAGUGGAGUGGCAACAGAAGGACUUUACAGGACGUUGAUAUUUCCUGUUGUUGUUGUUGUUAUUGAGUGCACUUGUUGUAGGAGACAGAAUGGUGGCAAGCUGUCCUGCACUUCAGGUAACAAACUUUAGUGAAUGUGGUUCAUGAUUAAUGAAGUGUUUUCAGUUGGUUUUACCGAACAGUGUUUUUAUUCUUAGUUUGUUUGUGUGUGUGUGUUUUUUUUUUUCUUUCUUUCUUUUUUUAAAACUGUGUGUCCUGUGUAUGUUUUUUUUUUUUUUUUUUUUUCAGCAAUGGCAGUAUUAGAACCCUUUUCACUGAUUAAAAAAAUGUACCUGUUUAGUUUUUAGAAAACUUUUUUAUAUUUAUGUGUCUUAUUUUUAUAUUUUCUUUUAUGGUUAUUUAUUACACAUUGUAGUGUACAAUACUGUAGUUUGAAUUGAUACAAUAAUAUAUUUUAGUAUGAAAAAUAAUCUCAAGACAAACAAAAAUCCCAAAGUGUGGUUCUGGGAGCUGAAGUUUGUUUAAACAAAAACAACAAAAAACAUGUAUUAUGUAAACACGACUUCUGUUUUAAGCUGAAAAAAAAGAGAAAAAAAAAAAGACAGGAA